AUGGCCGUGCCGCCCGACCUGUCCCGCGCGCACAGCCAGGCCGGGCCGAUCACCUGCCUGCUGCACGAGCUGCUCGGCGACCGGCUGACCGACGUCAUGCCGGCGCUCGGCACGCACAAGGCGAUGACCGACGCCGAGCUGGCCGACAUGUACCCCACGGUGCCCAAGGAAUUGAUCCGGGUGCACCGCUGGCGGGACGACAUCGUCACCCUGGGCGAGGUGCCGGCCGAGUACGUCGCGGAGCAGACCGAGGGCGCCUGGACCGAGGCCUGGCCCGCCCAGACCAACAAGCUGAUCGCCAACGGCGGGCACGACCUGAUCCUCUCGAUCGGCCAGGUGGUGCCGCACGAGGUGAUCGGCAUGGCCAACUACAACAAGAACAUCUUUGUCGGCGCCGGCGGCGUGCGGGGGAUCAACGAGAGCCACUACCUCAGCGCCGCCUACGGCAUGGAGCGGAUCAUGGGCCGCGCGGACAACCCGCUGCGGCGGAUCAUGAACCACGCCCAGGACCUGUUCUGCGGCGGGCUCCCGAUCGUCUACGUGAUGACCAUCGUCGGCGACGGCAAGAUCCGCGGCCUGUUCAUCGGCGACCACCACGACUGCUUCGAGCAGGCGGCCGAGCUGUCGCUGCAGGUGAACUUCGACAUCCUGGAUGAGGCGCCCAAGAAGGUGGUGGUGUCGCUCGACCCGCACGAGUUCCACAGCACCUGGCUCGGCAACAAAUCGAUCUACCGCACCCGCAUGGCGAUCGCCGACGGCGGCGAGCUGAUCGUGCUGGCGCCCGGCGUGCGGAUGUUCGGCGAGGACCCGGAGAUCGACCGCCUGAUCCGCAAGUAUGGCUACCGCCCGUCGGCCGAGAUCCAGCAGCUGGUCGCCGACAACGACGACCUGCGGGGCAACCUGUCCGCCGCCGCUCACCUGAUCCACGGCUCGCCCGAGAACCGCUUCAUGGUCACCUACUGCCCCGGUCACCUCAGCCGGGAGGAGAUCGAGGGCGUCGGCUACCAGUACGGCGACCUUGCCGAGAUGACCGAGCGCUACGCGCCCGAAAACCUGAAGCUCGGCUGGAACGAGGUGAACGGCGAACGCCUGUUCUACAUCCCGAACCCGGCGCUCGGCCUGUGGGCCCACAAGCUGUGGAUCUGUAUUGCUGUUGGGGUAGCGAUCUACUUCUCCCCGGUCCCGAACGGACUCACGCCGCCGGCCUGGCACAUCUUCGCCGUGUUUACGGCGACUAUUGUGAGCUUUCUGAUGCGGCCGCUGCCGAUGGGGCCCUGCGUGCUGAUCGGGCUGCUGGCGCUCUCAGCCACUGGGGACUUCUUUCACGCGUCUGCAGAAGGGCAGUCAGCCGGACCGGGCCAAGCGCUGGACAGCGCUGCGAUCAAGACCUCGCUCCACCAGGCCCUCUCCGGCUUCGCCGACACCACCACCUGGCUGGUCGUCGCGGCGUUUAUGAUCUCCGGGGCGAUGAUCCGCUCGGGGCUGGGCCGGCGGGUGGCGUUGUCGAUGGUCGUCCGGUUCGGCCGCACCACGCUGGGGCUGGGGUACGCGCUGGGCGCGGCGGAGCUGGUCCUCGCGCCGUUUGUCCCGUCCAACACGGCCCGCGGCGGCGGGGUGAUGGCGCCGAUCGUGAACUCGCUGUCGCACGUGCUCGGCUCACGGCCGGACCCGGACUCGCCGGACGAGGGGCCCAAACGGGCCGGAGAGUACCUGGUGCUGUGCGGCGCUCACGCCAACCUAGUCACGGCGGCCAUGUUCCUCACCGGCAUGGCGGCCAACCCGCUGGUCAAUAAGGCCGCCGCCGACGUGUUCGGCGAGGGCGUCGGGCUCUCGUGGCCGCAGUGGCUGCUGGGGGCGGCCGUACCCGGUCUGAUCAGCCUGGCGCUGCUGCCGCCGCUGCUCUACCUGCUUGCGACGCCGGAGGUGGGAUCGUCGGACGCCGCCCGGCAGAAGGCCCGAGCGGACCUGGUUGAGAUGGGCCCCUGGACGUCGCGGCAGAUUGUGAUGGGGGUGAUCCUGCUCUCGAUGCUGACGCUCUGGAUGACGGCGCCGCUGCAAAGCAAGGCCUUCGGGUUCUCAUUGCACACCACGCUGGUGGCGCUCUUGGGCGUGGCCGCCAUCGUGGUGCUGGGCGUCGACUCGUGGCGGGAAGUGACCUCCAACCCGGGCGCGUGGGACGCGUUGAUCUGGCUCGGCGGGCUGAUCAGUAUGGCCAACGCGCUCCGCGAGACGGGGUUCACCGCCUGGUUUGCCGAGUCGGUCGGCGCGCACGUCAGCGGCAUGCCGCCGCUGGCGUUGGCGGUAGCCCUGGCGGUGGUCUACUUCCUGUCGAUGUACGCGUUCAGCAUGCUGACGGGGCACAUUAUGGCGUUCGCUGGGGUGUUCUUCGCCACCGCUCUGGCCGCGGGCGCGCCGCCGCUGUUGAUGGUGGCGCUGAUCGCCUACUUCUCCAACCUGUGCGGCUGCACCACCAACUACUCGACGGGCCCGGUGGUGAUCUACUUCGGGCUGGGGUACGUGUCGGCCCCCAAGUGGUUCUGGGUCGGCUUUCUGGUGGGGGUGAUGCACCUAGUCGUCUGGCUCGGAGUCGGGCUCCCAUACUGGAAGCUGCUGGGCUGGUGGUGA